AAAAUAGAAGGAAGUGACUUUUGUUUUGGAGAUCCGGAGUCUCUCCAUGCGUGUGGAGGAAGACUCAGCAGUUUGUGGAUGCUUCCCUCUGUUUUUGGAGCAGAAAGGGAGCCAGGCUGCUGUGGAGGAGUUUGAUCCAAUUCAGGAGUUAUGUUAUAGUUACAGACUGGGACAGUGAUCUAGCCUUUGGAACUGGGAUCUAGCAGGUUGCUUCUGAUUGCCCUAGAGGUGACUUGGGCUGUACUUGUGGCUAGAAGCUACUUUACAUCCAGCACACAGGAAGAGACUGUGAGUAACUGGGCAUCUUUGGGAAAAUGCUGCCUGGGACAGACCUCAGAGAUACAGACUAACUCUGGGUUUAAAGAGAGGCAGAGAGUUCAACCCAGUGAACCAUAGCUGCUACAUAACUUGGACCCACAUACACCCUACCUACAGAGAAUCUCCAUUACAGCUGCAGUUCUUCAAGCGUGCCUACACAAGCAAGAGUCUGGGACUCUGAGUCCAGGGGUGUGCACACUCUGGGGUGGGAUAAAUAUUGGCAGUGCAAAUGGCAGCCAGAUAAGUUCCUUUUACUUCUGUGUACUUUGUUAAUUGAUGUUAUUCACUGUUAAUUUGUUAAAUCCUGUUUCUUUAAGAUCAGUUAGUCUCAGGACCUGGUGUACUCUGAUCUCUUCAGCACAGAAUUUAUAAAUCAGUUGUCCAGUUUGCUGAAAGAAAUAGAAAAUGGCCAAAGUUGAGAAGUUUGCUCUUCAUGUCCCAAGUCUAGAGGAGCUUUCUAGAGUCCUGCAGGAUGGACUUAAGGAGAACUUUGCUGACGUCCAGGUGUCGGUAGUAGACUGCCCUGAUUUGACUCGUGAUCCUUUCAACUUUCCUGUUAAAGGACUCUGCGGGAAGCCUAGAAUAGUGGAUGUGGGAGGUGUUCCUUACCUUGUGCCUCUUGUACAAAAGGAUAAAGUUUAUGAUUUGAACACUGUUGCCAAGCAAAUAGAGUUGCCUGGAGCUUUCAUUCUGGGAGCUGGAGCGGGGUCCUCUAAGAUUCUUGGAGUAAAUGCUGAGUUUAUCCCAGUUGUUCAAGCUGAGAGUGAACAAAAACCUGCUGUAAAUGCGAGUUAUGUCGCUCAGAUUAACCCUGCAGAUGGAGGUUGCCUGCUGGAGAAGUACAGUGACAAAUAUAGUGACUGUGAAUUUGGACUGCUGGCCAACCUGUAUGCCAGUCUGGGCCAACCCGGCAAGGUCAUUGAAGUGAAGGCUAAUAAAAGAACUGGGCAGUGUAACUUUGUGACCUGCAUGAGACAAAUUAUAGAAAAACACUAUGGAGAUAAACCAGUUGGGAUGGGAGGUACGUUUGUCAUUCAAAAGGGGAAAGCAAAGAUUCAUAUCAUGCCCCCAGAAUUUUCUGCCUGUCCUUUAAACACAGAUGAGGAAGUGAAUAAUUGGCUCAAAUUUUUUGAAAUGAAGGCUCCAUUGAUUUGUCAGCCAGUACUAGUUUCCAGAGAUCCAGGAUUUGAUCUGCGUGUGGAGCACACCCAUUGUUUCAGUCACCAUGGUGAAGGAGGACACUACCAUAAUGACACCACACCAGAUAGCGUGCAGUAUCUGGGAUAUUUUUUGCCUGCAGAACUUGUCUUUCGUAUUGAUAGACCCAAGGAAUCUCAUAUGAUUGGAAGAGAUUAAAUCCACAAAUGCAUACUUAGUUUGGAGUAUAAGGAUAGCAAUUAAUUUUUUAAAUGAAAUCUUUGGAUUUGAUCAUUCCUUUAAUUGAUAUCAAGAACAUAUGAAAAGGUGGCAAUUAUUUCAGUAUUAGUGUUUUUUUUUUUUAAAGGAAAGGUAUUCAAAGUUGAGAUUGAAUUCAGAAAAAUAUUUCAAUCAAACAGAUUUAAUUGCAUCUAUAUUUUAGCCAAAUACUUUGUAUUUAUGAUUUAUUUUGUUCCAUUUUGAUUUCUUGAGACAGAUAUUAGUAAGCAAUUGUAACUAGCUAUAGAAAGCCAUCACUGAAUUAAUGAGGACCUUCACAUUGUAAAUGGAGGAAAAGAGAUGCUACUCAAGAAUCUUUAGUAAUUGGUAAGGAUGUGAAAGGCUAACUGAUAAGCAUCACUCUAAAUGGGAGUGUCUGUCCACAUCAGGCCCAGGUGCCCCACAGACAGGGACUGCUCCGGUGGGGGCUGGGAGCCAGCAGCAGCCACAGGCCCCACAUAAGGGCUGCGAGCCCACAGAGCCAGAGCCAGCCCCUGCCCCAGCGCUAGGCUGGAGCCGGCAGCCAGCCCCAGUGAGGGGUUAGGGGCAGGUGCCCUAUGCUGGAUUCUACUUAGUUGUUAACUGUUAGGUCAUCCUGACAUUUAACCAGGAUUUUACAUCCUUACGAACUACACUCAUUGAAAUUGUAGAGCAUGAGAGGACCUAUAGGUAUGGAAAUGCAACUUAAGGAGGGACUUUGCUUAUUGUUACUGGUGCUUAGGAGCUAGCUAGCUACUUAACAAGCAUAGGACUAUUUCUAGGAUUCUAAAUGUUCAUGUUACUGUUAUGUCAUGUGUACUCAAUUCUUUUCUCAUACCAGUCUUAAUCAGGAAUAAUUUUAUUGAAGUCAGGGGAGUUAAAUGAGGCAGAUAGAUCACACCUUGUUUGUUUCUAGUUUUGAAAGAUGAAGUACAGGAGCAUUUUGGCAGCAUCUUUUCCCCUUACACAGUGAUAUAAAUAUCACUGGUCCUGCCAACAAAGUUUUACUGAAUUAAAACUCUUACUUGCUGUCAAGUGGAUAUCUCAGCUGUGAAUAAAAAAAUAUAACAAGACUUA